AUGGAUAUCAUUGCCGCACAUCCUUUGCCACGACAGGAGGAGGACGGGGAUGAGGAGGCAGCUGAGCCGCCUGCUACGAUCAAUCAAGCACUAAAUGGCCUCGAGCGCCUGCUCAGCUUCAAGGAACAUGAGCCGUAUGCCAACUCCAUGGAGCUCAUGACGCUCAUGCGUAUGAAAAGAAGCCUGCAGCAGGCAGAGCUUAAUAGAAGUCAAGGGACAUGA